UUCAUGUUUUUUUUUUUAAUUAUUAUCAAAUAUCGAUCUGAAGAGUGGAACGAACGUUCCAUCCUCAUCACAGGCAUUUCGGAGGCGAAAACAACGCAACCGCAAUCCCAACAUGUACGGCGGCGCCUCCUCGAAGCUGGGCCGUGGCGCCCCCAACCGCCGCUCCUUCCCCCCUCCUCCGGCGCCGCAUCGUUCCUCGGCCCCCGUCGGCCGCCUCUCCCUCGGCUCCUCCGCCAGCAACGCCGCCAAGGACACGGCGGCGGCGGCGGCGGCGGUGGAGGAGACAUUCAGCCUCGUCUCCGGCAGCAAUCCGCUCGCGUUCUCGAUGAUCAUUCGCCUCGCGCCCGACCUCGUGGAGGAGAUCAGGCGCGUGGAGGCACAGGGCGGCACCGCGCGCGUGAAGUUCGGUCCCAAUCCACACAAUCCCACCGGAAACAUUAUUGAUGUUGGUGGGAAGGAGUUCAGAUUUACAUGGUCAAAGGAUGGUGACCUCUGUGAUAUUUACGAAGAGCGCCGUAGUGGUGAAGAUGGGAAUGGUUUGCUUGUUGAAUCUGGGUGUGCCUGGCGCAAGCUGAAUGUGCAGCGUGUCUUGGAUGAGUCAACCAAGAAUCACGUCAAAAGACGGUCAGAGGAAGCCGAACGCAAGAUAAAGUCUCGCAAAGCCAUUGUCCUAGAGCCUGGGAACCCAUCUAUGAAGAGCCAGAUAAAGGCAUUAGCAGCUGUUGAGGCUACACCAUGGAAGAAUUAUAAUAAAAAGAAAGAGGCUGCACUUAAGAAAAGGAAAGUGGAAACCCUUCAAGUUGGUGGCCCCCCAAAAUCUUCCCAUAGAUCUGGAUUGACUUCAACAAAUACUAGUACCAAGGGCAGACAUUCCUCUCCUCUUCCGUCUCCACCAGAUCAUUUUGCUGCUUCAUCCUCUCCAAUGGGAGCUGUAAAUAUGUCUAAGAGCUUUGAGGAUGCUGUGCCCUCACAAAUGACAGGCAAACAAGAUACUAAUGCUGUUUCUGAGAAAGAAAUCCCUACCAGAACAAACAAUGCUAUGAGGAACACGCCAGGAGGCAAGGGGAAAAAUUGGUCUAAACCAGUAGAUUUGCAGGUCAUGUUAAUUUCUCUUCUAAAGGAUAAACCUAAUGGAAUGACUUUGAAGGCCUUGGAGAAAGCUGUUGGAGACACACUUCCAAAUUCCAUGAAGAAAAUUGAGCCAAUUAUAAAAAAAAUUGCAAAAUACCAGGCUCCAGGAAGGUAUAUUUUGAAACCAGGAGUGGAUUUGGAAAGCUUAAAUAAACCUCAGACUGAAAGUGGAAGUUCUCCUGAUGACAAUCACAGCCAGAUACUUGCUCGUGAAGAUUUUUAUGAUCAGACAUCAGGUCCACAGGGAGGAUCUGAAGAGAAAGUACCAAAUAUUGAUUUGGAGGGAAUUGUUAAAGAAAAUUCCAAAGUAGAAGAAGAAUCAAACAAUUUGGAAAAAAUUGAUGCCCAACAUACUUCACCUGAUAUCCUUGGUGAUAAAAAAGGUUCUGAUCAUAGUGAAGGGCAGGCAGGAAGCUCCAGUGAUAGUGGAAGUGACAGUGAUAGUGACAGUGACAGCAGCGAUAGUGGAAGUGAUAGUGGAAGCCACAGUAGGAGCAGAAGCAGAAGUCCUGCUGGGACAGGGAGUGGGAGUAGUAGUGACAGUGAAAGUGAUGCAUCUUCCAGCAGCAAAGAGUUACUGGAGGGUUCUGAUGAGGAUGUAGAUAUUAUGACCAGUGAUGAUGAAAAAGAGUCAAAACCAAAAACAGAAGUCUCUGAUCAAAGGAUGCCCUUACCCAUUCCAGCAAAAUCACCUGAUCGAAGGUCAAUGCAGAAUGAGGUUGAUGAGCAGCAGGAUGGUAAUGAAUCUGAUGCAGUUGAAAUUGAAAAGGACUUACCUGAGGAAAAGGAGGCUGAAAUGGCUCUACCUCCGGCUACCAUUUCUAAUAGAGGUGGAAAAUAUGCAGAAGAGACAAGACCAUUUCCACCUGACUAUCAACAACUCCAGGAACGCCAAAAUUAUAUAGGGAGUUUGUUUGACGAAAGAGUAAAUGAAGUUAAAGAUAGUUCUAGGCAUGAACAGUAUGACAGCUCUAAUAGGUUUUCCCAAGGUAAACAUAAGAGGGGUUCUGAUGCGAAGAACAUUGAGGAGAAAUCAGAACAUGCAAAAAGGUUGAAAGCAGAAAACUUGACCUGUCAACCAUUUUCUCCCAGUAAUGAUGUGCAGACAUUCGAGAAUUCUCGGAACUUGUCUCCUUUUGAAUUUACUGAAGACACUAGUAAGGGACCUAAUGUACAAGUGUUGAACAGAGCAGAGAGACAAGGGAAUUCAAGUGUUGGGUUACAGAAAGGACCCAAUCGAGCAUUUCCUGGAAAAUCUGGUUCAGAUUUUCCACAAAUAGGUCAAAGGUCAUCAGCUCAAAUCCCUUCAGAAAACCCUCCCUACCCAUUGGAAAAAUCAGAUAAGCAACUUGAGAGUGUAAGGCACAGUAAAAAACACUCAGGAAAGGACUUCCAUGUACGGGAAGCUUCUUCUGUGCAGAAAGAUAAAUCUCAGAGAGAUUCCUUGAAUGAAGAUAUUCAUGCCAUUGAGAAAAAAGUUCCCAGGAAUUCCAGGGAUGGUAGUAAUGGAAGUAAACAGUCACUAUCCAUGGAUUCUUAUUACCAAAAACAAGGUGAAAUGGUUGGUAAAUUAAAGGAAGGCAGACAAAGUACACAGUCACACUUGGGAACAUCACCUAAGGACAACAAUCAAAUUGGUUUUGAUCAAUCCCCUGAAACUAAUGGGCGAGGUAUCUCUCUUCAAAGAGAGCUUUCAGACUUGGAGUUGGGUGAAUUUCGUGAGUCCACUCCAGAUGAAACUCAUGUUGCAAAGCAAUUUGAACGAAAAGGUUCAUUUAAACAGUUGGAAAACAAAGCAAACACUUCAGAGGAUAGAAAUUCUGAUAUUACUAAAGUAAAACCUUCUUUGAAAGCAACUUCAGAUUCAGGAAAGCCAUCCUCAGCCUUUGUAAAUUCUGGGUUUCCCUGUAAUUUCGACAACACUAAUAAAAAGAACUCAGAUAAUCAUUUUGAAGAUUCAACAAAAUCUCGUUCUAGAGUUAUGCAGACUCAUUCGCAACAUUUAAGAGCAGAUCCUGCAGAAGUUGGAUCUCAAAACAAAUUGGCAGAAAUGAGCAGUAAAUAUAGAAAUAGUGAAUCUGGGGGGAGCCAAGAGUUUGACUUGGAAGGUCGCAGUGAAAGCAAUAGAAGAGUGCCUGCAAAUGCAUCUAAACCACAAGACAGUAAACGCGGAAUAGUUUCUGACCCUGUGAAAGAAAGUAAAAGACAAACACCUAAUUCAGUGGAAGAGAUGGCUGAUGGAGGAAAGGAUUCUGUGUUUGCAGAUAGAAAUCAUAGCGAUCAAAAGAAGAGAGAAUCAUCUUCAGAUGAAAAUAGUUGCUCUUAUUCAAAGUAUGAAAAGGAUGAACCUGAAUUGAAGGGACCAAUAAGGACUUUCUCCCAAUAUAAAGAAUAUGUGCAGGAAUUUCAAGAUAAAUAUGAUAGUUACUGCUCCUUAAACAAGAUUUUGGAGGGAUACCGGGAUCAGUUUCAGAAACUAGGCAACGAUUUAGAACUUGCUAAAGGCAGGGAUAUGGAUAGAUACUAUGACAUCGUGGAGCAGCUGAAGGAAUCCUAUCGACGCUGUGGACCGAGGCACAAGAGAUUGAGGAAAAUAUUUGUUGUUCUUCAUACGGAAUUGGAGAAUCUCAAGCGAAGGAUCAAAGACUUUGCAAACUCGUAUAAUAAAUGAUGAAAAUACAAGAGGACUAUAUUAGAUAAAAUUGAAGCCUGUUUUUCAAGGUUAAGAACUUUUGGGUGAUACAUGAUGCGCAGUAGAGUAGAUGGAUUCUUUUCUAGGUUGGGUGUGCACUAGUUUUUGAUACUAUUUCUUGGUAGAGCCAUAUAUUUGUAUAUAAAUGAAAUUUUGUCUGUUGCUUUUGCGUAUGGGUCUGGCAUAUUUUUGGCUUAGCCUGGCCUUCAUUUUGUCUCCAUGUCUAGAUAAAUUGUAUAUUCUUUAAUACCGUUUAACAUAUUCACCGAGGUACUAGAGAAAUUUGAGAAUGUGCAUUUUAAGUUCACAAGCCAAAAGAAAUGUCACAUUGAACUUUUACAAUGUCACAUGGUUAUUAUGGAAAAACUGUUGCCAAAUAGGGCAAGGAAAUGAAAUGGGCAUUCUUUAAGUGAA